AUCAAUCGUGCAACUCGGUAUCAUCAUGGUCCAGCAGCUAUUAAGUAUGAAACUCGUACCACAAUGGACUGCCGCAGCUGGAGUUAUCUUGGUACUGUCUCAAAUGGGGAUAAUGUGCGCCUGGACGUCACCUUACCUGGCGAAACUAACAACUCCUGCAGGAGAAACAUUUCUCUUGGAUAUGGAUGAAGCUUCUUGGGUGGCAUCACUACUGAACGUUGGGCGUUUCAUUGGAGCGAUUAUCGGUGCGCUAUGCGUAAAUUUUUGGGGCAGUAAGAACGCCUUGAUCCACACCCUUAUACCCAUGACAUUGAGCUGGGCCUUGAUAGCAAUAGCAAAGAGUGCGGAGAUGUUGUAUGUUGCUCGAAUCAUGGGUGGUACGGGUCUAGGUAUGGCAUUCAGUUGCUUUCCCUUGUACAUCGGCGAGAUAGCUUUGCCGACGAUUCGCGGUGCAAUCGUCACCAUUGCUUUUUGCGGCUCACCGUUUGGCAAUGUAUUAGCUAGUGCGAUUUGUCCAUAUCUCAGUAUGUCGAUAUCAGCCAUUGUUUUUCUCAUACCGUGCGUGGCGGACAUAGCUCUGUUCUUGUGGCUACCGAAUUCUCCGCAUCAUUUGAUGAAGAUUGGCGAUGAAGAAGGAGCGAGGAAAGCAAUCAGCUGGUACAGAAGUGGUGAACAAGUUGACGAAGAGUUCAAGGAGGUUCAGAGAUUUGUCUCAUCACCGGAUAGCUUGAAAGACAAACUGAAUGAAUUCAAAAAUCCGCCGAUCAGGAUGGCAUUUUUCAUAGCGACUAUGCUAUUUAUGUACAUGCAAAUUAGUGGAUUGAACAGUCUUCUGUUUUAUCAGGAAAUUAUCAUUCGCAAAAGCAAAUCGGAACUCAUGAACCCAUCUACGUCAGUGAUACUAGUGAGCGUCUCGGGAGCUGUCACGUCAAUUCUUACCAUCAACUUGAUGGAUCGAUGCGGUCGAAAAUUCCUUCUAAUUGUUUCAGGAUUGGGAUUAACGCUAUCCAUGUUGAUGCUUGGAACUCACUUCGAGCUUAUGGAUCUAGGGUUUGAUCCUAGAAACUUUAAAUGGCUGCCAGCGGCUUCUGUAUUUUUAUUCAUGGUAUCGUUUGUAUUUGGGCUCAUGCCUGUUCCCAGCGCGAUCCUCAGUGAACUAUUCCCAGCUAACAUCAAGUGUGUAGCUGCUUGUAUGGCCAGUAUAGCGGGAGCUCUCUUUGCAUUCAUAGCUACGAAAACGUAUCAGCCAAUGGUUGAUCUUAUUGGUGAAGCUUACGUUUUUUAUACUUAUGCUGCACUUGUGAUCACUGUAGUACCGUUUGUGCUUUGCUUCAUGCCGGAAACAAAAGGAAAAUCAUUACAAGAAAUUCAAGAUCUUCUGACAAAGAAGACUUGA